AUUUUUUGGAAGAACUUUUAAAAAAGCUUUUGGAAAAACUUUUUAAAAAGUUAAAUAUAUUAAGAGUAAAAUUAGAUAUAGCAGAGUUAGAUAUAAAAUCAGGCAUAGAGUUAGAUAUAGAAUCAGGCAUAAAGUUAGACAUAAAGUUAGAUAUAGAGUUAGACAUAUUAAAUAUGAAGUUAGAUAUAGAAUUGGACUCAGAAUU